AAAAGGAGCCAGUUGUUUACAAAUGGCGGAAACGCCGCCGGUUGUCAAUCUCUGAAUUUGUCAUUUUUUCUCCACAAGCACAAGGCCACAUAAGAGCAAAUGCAAACUAAGAUGUCGCGAGACUGGGAGCAUAACUUCACCAGUAUAGUAAAGGAAACCGAGUCGAAUCUUGCCAAAGUUCGGCAAAGUUUAAAUGACUCUAGGUAUAGUCACAGAAGCAAUGGCAGUCACCCCCUGAACACGUACUCUGCAAAACCAUCAACUCUACCCAGGAGCUACGUGACGUCAUCGUCAUUUCUGAACGACUACACGGGCCGGAGCGACUGGCGCCCUCACUCAGGCUACCAGAGCCAGUAUACCCACAGUGCAUCAUCCGAGGGGGAUUCUCUUCCCAAUAGCUCAGCCGAGUCGCCUGCGCUGGUAGCCAUGCUGACUGAAAAGAUUGACAAUCAGGCCAAAACUAUACAGUCCCUGGGCAGACAGGUAGAUUCAUUAGAAAGGGAGAGAGACCGGAACCAGACCUAUCUCCGUCGCCUGGACCAGGAGUUGUCGUCCGUAAACCAACGCCUCCAGGAGGGCGGAGUUAUGCUGGAGACUGAGAGGAAGGUAGAGGCGUGGAAGCGAGAGGUCACGCUGCAGCUUGGCGACCUGCAGGGUCAGGUCACGGCGCAGCGGAGGGGCGGCCAUGAUGGGGGUUACCGUGGCGAUGAGGUUGUGGAUGCGUUGACUAGAGAGGUUCAUGAUUUCAAGCGACAGAUGCAGGAAGAUCUAGCCGUGUGCAGAAGAGACGUUGAAAGCCUGAACACCAGACUCAUGAGACACGAGAUUGAUAUAAGCAGCAACCAAGCUGAUGGAAAAGAUCUGGGCAGGAGGCUAGAUCACAUGGAUAGGACGUUACUUAGUGUAGCCGACUCACAGCGUAGCCAUUCCAGAGAGCUGAAUCAUACUCUACAAGGAAGACAGACCAGUGACCAGGAACUAUUACAACUGAGGUCUGAGUUGAGUCGCUUGAUGAGUACCGUUGAGCGACUUGAGAGCGACACGCUCACUGGAUCACAGAGGAUGGCGGAGGAACAACUGAGCAUGCUCAAAUUGAACUCACCGCAUCACAACGGACCAUCCACUAUCAACAGUCAAGGCAGAUUGCCAACAUCAAAAGGGAACGCAGAAAUCGGUCGCUGGAAGAUGACAGCACCAAGCAAGAAGGCCAGUAAGCCACUCAGGAGGGCUAUGGCUCAACCCACCCAGCAGCCAUUAUCAGACAGUGAUGACCUAGACGCUAGCCUGAGCCUGAGUCUGGCCAGCUCGGACAGUGAGGAGUUUUCCCUGGACCUUCCCCCGCACAGGGCCAAGAAUGUCCAGAGAAGUAUGAAGUCUGCUUAUACAAGAGAUGAUGAGAGUAGCGACGCCUACUCCGAGCUGACCUCUGCCCUCGUGGGUCAUGACCCCACACUUGACCUGGUGGACCUGGCAAGCACGCCCUCUAUCAGCUCAAUAGAGUUAGACGCUGACCUCCUUUGAACUUUUGCCAGUCGUAAUUAGAUGUAUUUUUGUAUAUUUGUGUGUUUAUUAGAGUCUUUAUCUGCAUGUAGAUUGUAACUCUUAUUAGCCGAAUUGCAACAAAACAAAGUUUGUGCCAAUCUUUCCAAUUAUAUUUAUGAUCUGUGUUUUAUGAUCAAAUAUUAACAGCUUUAUCAAAGACAGGAAAUGAAAUGAAUAAGAUGGAUGAAAGACCAAUUAAUAUGAAGACAGUAGCAACAAGACCUGUUCAUAAUUCACGCGAAAAGCGAAGCAGAUUUCAUGACGUCAACAUAUGAAGUUUCAUUUGUGACGUUCUCCGUACAAAUUUGCUUUGCACCGACAUUCGCAUGAACUAUGAGCUGACCACAUACUGAGAAUUUGGUUGGAAGUUUUUCUCAAAAUUUAUUUAACUGAAACCACUUGGACUCAUCUAUGGUUUUCAAUUGACAUUUUUGCAAUAUUUUUAAUGGCAUCAGGACUGUAGAUCUUGUUUUUGUAGCUCAAAUGUAACUUGUUUGGACAGGUCAAUUUAUUUUGGUUGUUUUAUUGUGAAAAUGUAAAUUUGUGAAUUUGAAUACUUUGCAAGAGUGCAGAAACAGCACAGCGUGAAUUAACUAUUUCUGUGACUAAAAAGUAGACAAAGCAUAUGUCUUUUUUAAAACUCAGGUUGUUUUAAGUUUGUAGCACAUAAUAUUUAGCUGUCUGUAGUUCUUUUUUGUGACAUUGUGUAUCUUAAAAGUAUUUUUGUACUGUCAUAGUGUGAUAAGUGCCAGUUUGUACUGUUAUGUUUUGCCUUUUUAAUUAUCACAACUCCUUAGUAACAUUUUUUUAAGUAGUUUGUCAUUCCAAUUAAGUUCCAAUUCAUCAAUAUUAGUGCACUGUGUAUUCAACUAUUGCCUUUUGAGAAUUCACAAACUGUAUGCCCUCUGUGAGUGUAUAUGUUUUAUGUGCACUUCUCACCAUCCAUUAGCCCAUUGACAGCAAAGAUCAGAGGAUUAACUGAGAUAUUUUACAAAUAAUGACGCAUGCAUGAAUGUAUCAAGAAGACUUUUUGAUAUGUCAUUGCACAGUUAUUUUUGGCAUUUGAGGCCAAGGCCAAUUUCGUGAAGGUACAUGCACAGAAAAUAGUUGCUUAGCUAGAACAGAAUACCAACCAAAGUGUAUGCAAUGCUUGUAACUAAAGCCGCGGCUGGUUCCCAUGCCAGCUGGGCCCAAUUUCAUAUGUCUCUGCUAACCACAGUAUUCCUCGCUUACCAUCACCAUUCUGCGCUAACCCUGUAAGCGCAGAAUCCUCAGUUAUGGGAUGUACAUGUAUGCAAGCGCACAAGGCAAAAUUCCUCGCUAACCCAUGAAAUACGUUUACCGUAAGCACAGAAUUUUCUUUUGGUUGGGAUUUUUCGCAACGGUAAGCAGAAACAUGAAAUUGGGCCCUGAUCUUUGCUAAGCGCAUAAUUUGAGAAGCAAAAUAUUCUGCCUUGAAACAGCUUUAUAAUAAAGUUGUCCCAGAUUCCAAAAAUGAGUUUAAGCAGCACUUCAUUUUAGAGUUAUAAAAACACGUACACAUUCUUAUGAAUAUGGUCAUUUUAUGUGUAGCGAAAAAAGUUGAUGGUUUCUGCGUAUGGUUUGGUCCUAAUUAGUUAUAAAUACACGUGGAAGGUGUUAUUGCAAGAAGCCAAUGUUUAACAGCUAGGUUCAAGUUGUCUGAAGGCCAUUAAUUUCACGAGGAAUUAUUGAUUGACUAUUUAGGAGCAAUUUAAUUGCCAAAUACCUACAGAAGUAAAUGCCAUAAAUACUUGUGUGACAAAAUAAGGCGCAUAUUGUGUUGUAUAAAUCAUUGUUGGUUAUGCUGUGUGUACAGGCAAUUUAUAGCGACACGGACCAUUAAUUUUUACUCUCAUUUUCUGCCCGACCAGCAACAAUGCAUGCUUCCAAAAUGACUCGGCAAUAAUUGUACAGCAUCUGAACCCACCAGGCUUUAUUCAUCAGAAAGUGCAAUUGUUUUUAGAUUUCUGACUUUGGCCGAGUAUAAUCAAACAUAAGCUGAAUCCACGGGUCGACUUGCUUUGUGGACUUGUUACAGCAAAAACCUAAUCAUAUCCAACAAGGUCUAGUUGUUCACGCGUGUACUAGGUCAGUCUGAUACUCUCUGGGAUGAUUCAGCAUUGUUAUAAGGGCUAACACUUGCCGGUCGUGAAAGGGCGUUUUCAACAUCCAGGGGCUUUUGUGCAAAUACCAGGACAAAUCCCCCAUUUCUGCAACGUCACGCCAGUGUCGCACUCAAUAACACAGUGCGGGUAAUUGUUGGGACACUGGAAAUCCCUGCACUGCCUCUGAUCUUCAAAGCCUCCGUUGUACUGAUUUUGUUCUUUAUAUCAACAGCCAGUCGAUGCAGUGCAUGUUGGCUGUCUUUUCACUGGUUUAUCUGUCUAGGCUGUUCUGCAUUAUUAACUUAAGAGAUUAUUUGUAGAACAAGGGAGCUGU